CGCUUGAUAACCAACAUGACGGAUUCGUAUUACAAGGAAGUAUAUGACAGAAAGAUUUUCCUUCAAAACCACGUCACCACUUUGGAAAAGGAACUAGACAUCUGCAGAGAUGCAUCUGCUGAAACCUUUACAUCACGACCUCCUUCAUCUGGUCUGGGUUUGUCAUUAGGAUCUAGAGGAAAAGGAUUUUUAGUUUUAUUCAUGAAACAUUACAAGUCUACAACAAAGAAUGUUUACGUUACAUCAGAAAAAGAAGUUCAGAUUAAUAUUACAACUUCCUCUCGUCUGGAUCCAUCAUUAAAAAUGCAGAUUGACAUGAAUUUGAAUAUUCCUUCGAGUCAUCAUUUCAUAUUUCCGAAGGAAAUUGAACUGAAGUACUUUGAAAAGGAAUUUAAGUCAGUGUUGAUAGAAACUUCCGAUGACGUGUUUGUUGUUAGCUUAGAUGGCCGCGAUGCCUCUGCUGAUGGAACAACAAACAUACCAAUACAUAAACUAUCUACACGAUACGUAGUGAUAACAGCACAGCCAUUAUCUCUAAAAAGCCAGCUGGCAGUGGCAGCACUGGAAAACAACACAAGAAUUUCAGUAAGAUUUCGAAUGAAACAGAAUACGUCAAUAAAAAUAGAAGGUAGCACAUACUACAACGGUGACGCAUUUAUCUUUUCUCUUGAUCGUUUUGAAACAUAUCAAAUUGCGCAUAGUACUGAUUUAACUGGAACUUUCAUCGAAUCUUCGAAUCCAAUUGCAGCUUUCUCGGGAAACGAUUGCACCGAAUUUAAUGGUGGGGGGUACUGUGAUCAUCUUUUGGAGCAAUUACCUCCAACUGACACAAUAGACAAAACUUAUAUAGUGCCUCCUAAUUCGGAUGGAAGGGACACUAUAAUACGCAUUACAGCAACACAUAUGUCAGACGUAUAUUAUAUGAUCGGGAAUGUUAUUCAAACAAGAUUAUUAGAGAGAUACGAUUUUUUCGACAUCCGAAUCUCAAGCAACCAAUCGUGCUAUAUUAAGUCCACAGAACCCAUCUUAGUAACCGGAUUUGGCUUGCACUCAAAUUCCUCAACGCUGGGUGAUCCAUCAAUGACAAUCGUACCGGGGAUAAACCAAUACCUGAACUACUACAAAAUACCCAUACCGACAGGCUAUGUUCAUAAUGUUGUAUCAAUUAUGAUGAGAGAGUCCUCUAAAGCUUUCAUCCGCAUCAAUGAUGAACUACUUAAUGCAGUAGAAAGCGUUUUUGAAGACAGCUUGUUAAUUGGUAAUAUUUCAUACAGUGUUGUUUCAAUUCUAGUAGCACAGGGAGAGUUUAAAGCAUUUACGUUGGACGGAGAACGUUUUGGAGUUAUGGUGUCUGGAAUUAGAAAAAACGAAGCGUACGGAUUUUCCGGAAACUCUUUACUACCAUAA